GCAGUCGGUGACCCUAAACCCCAACUUAUCCCUGUCUCGUUUCAUCAAGCUUUACCACAACAUCCAGUAACGAAACAACUCCACAGAGAUGGCCUCUAAGCUUCUCGCUUCAACUUUACGCAAAGCCCUAACGGGAGCCACUAAAGCCUCUGUCCUCCGCCCUCUCUCCACCGCCGCAGCCGUUGCCUCUACGAUACCCGAAUCCUUUGAAGAUGAAAGUGGGAUUUCCAUUAAGGGAGUGAAAAUUUCGGGUCGUCCACUCUACCUCGACAUGCAGGCAACCACUCCCGUCGAUCCACGUGUCCUUGACGCGAUGCUUCCGUUUUACCUCUCCCGUUACGGCAAUGCCCACUCUCGGACCCACUAUUUCGGAUGGGAAUCGGAUUUCGCCGUCGAAACCGCCCGCUCUCAAAUCUCUGAUCUUAUCGGCGCUUCUCCGAAAGAAAUAAUCUUCACCUCUGGCGCAACCGAGUCCAACAAUGUUUCAAUCAAAGGAGUCAUGAACUUUUACAAGGACAAGAAGCGCCACGUCAUCACGACACAGACUGAGCACAAGUGUGUUCUCGAUUCGUGCCGGCAUCUUCAGCAGGAAGGAUUUGAAAUUACUUAUUUGCCCGUUGGGUCGGAUGGGCUUGUUAAUUUGGAUGAAUUACGGGCAGCUAUUCGGCCAGACACCGGUUUAAUUUCCGUUAUGGCGGUUAAUAACGAGAUAGGUGUGAUUCAGCCCAUGGAAGAAAUAGGUCAAAUAUGUAAAGAAUUUAAAAUUCCAUUUCACACAGACGCUGCUCAAGCAUUGGGGAAGAUUCAAAUUGAUGUGGAGAAAUGGAAUGUUAGUUUGAUGUCAUUAAGUGGGCAUAAAAUUUACGGGCCAAAAGGGAUUGGAGCUCUGUAUUUGAGACGUAGACCACGAAUUCGAGUUGAGCCGUUGAUAAAUGGAGGUGGACAAGAGAGAGGGAUAAGGAGUGGGACUUUGCCCACCCCGUUAAUUGUGGGGUUUGGCUCUGCUUGCGAGAUUGCUAAACAGGAAAUGGAUUAUGAUCAUAAGAGAAUAACCACGUUACAAGAUCGGUUGUUGAAUGGAAUUAGGGAGAAAAUUGACGGCGUGGUGAUACCGGUAGUAUGGAGAGGAAUAUGCGGGAAUUUGAAUUUGUCUUUUGCUUAUGUUGAGGGAGAGAGUUUGUUGAUGGGUUUGAAGGAGGUGGCGGUGUCGAGUGGAAGUGCUUGUACAUAUGCGAGUUUGGAGCCCUCUUAUGUUUUGAGGGCAUUGGAGUGGGAGGAAUAGGCUCAUACUUCGAUUAGGUUUGGCCUUGGGAGGUUUACCACCGAGGCUGAGGUUGACAGGGCUGUUGAUCUUACUGUAACAGUUGAGAAGUUGGAAAUGAGCCCGCUUUAUGAGAUGUUGAAAGAGGGAUUGACUCAACAGAUACAAUGGUCACAACAUUGAGACAGUUUGGGGUGUUGGAUUGUAUUCAGAUAGAGGUAACCGCCUGUGGGGUAGAGCAGCAUAACCUUUCUCGGGCUUAAUCCAGGUUUUGUUUCUGUUGUCCUUGUAGAACUAUCAUAGUGUUCUAUAUAUAAUUCUGCAGUAGAGGUAUCUUUGACAUUUGGUUGGUCUAACAUACUGUA